CUAAAAAAAAUGACUUUAGCGGGGAAUUUGAGUCAACAGUGCGUGUUAUUGUUUGUUAAUCUGUGAGCUUUACAAUUUGCGAUUGUGGCUUCCUAAAACCCUAAGUAACUACAAUUUGCGUUGGAAGAUGGAACAUCGGCAUGAAGAAUCAGAUGCUGGAGAUGUAUCUUCAGCCCAAGCAGUUCUCCUUGGAGCUUUAGCUCCUGGUGUUAACGGUCCUACAUGGAUUACUUUAAAGUCGACUUUUUUAAUGCUGGGUCUCUGUCUUGCUGUUAUGCUGGCCUUAGCAUUCUCUUCCAGUGAUUCAUGGCUGAUGUUCCAUGUUGCAUUCCUUGUUCUAAUUUGCCUUGCUCUCUUCUUUCUUCUCAGCUGGUUUCUUGAACAAACUGGUUUAGUCUCCAUUGAACAUCAAAUGCGUGAGAUGGGCUUAGAGCGUAAGGAUCAUCAAGAGAACCUAAAGAGCAAAUGACCAUUUAUUAUAACAUGCUUGAGAUUGGGAGCAUUUCCGAGGGCACUUACAUGAAAUGCCUGAGAGUAACUUCAGUUGAGAUCUUCGUGAUGAAUUGAACAGCUACCAAAUGUUCCAGAUUUCAUUCGAAGAGAAACAAACUAGCCGAAGGUUUAUCCACUGUCUCUGUCAGCUAUCCUUGGUUUCCCUCUCAUGUUUCUUUUUAAUGGGGGUGAUGAAACAGAUGCAUCAGCAGGGAAACUGCAACAAGAAUUUAAUUUCUUUCACGAUCUGCUGUUGUGAUCUAACGAGGACAUGUCUAUGUUGUGCAUUAGGCAUCAUUUUGUUCCAUAAUUUUUUUUUUCAUCGUGUUUCCCCUUUCUUUGAUGUUGCUUCUAGAUUGAUAUAACCUUGUAGUCUUGUACCCUUGUUGCAAGUUGUAUAGAUUUUCUUAUAUAAAAUGAAUUUAUUCUUUUCUUUUCAAA